AUGGUCGAUUAUAUCUGCCAGUACCUGAGCACUGUGCGGGAAAGGCAGGUCGUCCCUGACUUGCAGCCUGGCUACCUGCGAGCCCAGCUUCCUGACAGUGCUCCUGAGGAACCUGACACCUGGGACAGCAUCUUUGGGGACAUCGAACGGAUCAUCAUGCCUGGGGUGGUACACUGGCAGAGUCCCCACAUGCACGCCUACUUCCCAGCCCUCACCUCUUGGCCGUCCCUGCUGGGAGACAUGCUGGCCGAUGCCAUCAACUGCUUGGGGUUCACCUGGGCUUCCAGCCCUGUGUGCACAGAACUGGAGAUGAAUGUCAUGGACUGGCUGGCGAAAAUGCUGGGCCUCCCAGAGCACUUUCUACACCACCAUCCUGGCAGCCAGGGAGGAGGCGUGCUGCAGAGCACAGUCAGUGAAUCAACCUUGAUAGCUUUGCUGGCGGCCAGGAAGAACCAGAUCCUGGAAAUGAAGACAUCUGAGCCCGAGGUGGCUGAAUCCUCGCUGAAUGCCCGCCUUGUUGCCUAUGCCUCUGAUCAGGCCCACUCCUCCGUGGAAAAGGCUGGUCUAAUUUCCCUUGUGAAGAUGCGGUUUCUGCCUGUGGAUGACAACUUCUCCCUCCGAGGUGAAACUCUGCAGAAAGCCAUCGAGGAGGACAAAGAGCGGGGCUUGGUGCCCGUCUUUGUUUGUGCAACACUGGGGACCACUGGGGUGUGUGCAUUUGACUGCCUGCCAGAGCUGGGCCCCAUCUGUGCCAGGGAGGGGCUAUGGCUGCACAUUGAUGCUGCCUAUGCGGGCACUGCCUUCCUGUGCCCCGAGUUCCGGGGCUUUCUGCAGGGCGUCGACUAUGCCGACUCCUUCACCUUCAACCCUUCCAAGUGGAUGAUGGUGCACUUUGACUGCACUGGGUUCUGGGUCAAGGACAAGUACAAGCUGCAGCAGACCUUCAGUGUGAACCCCGUCUACCUCAGGCACGCCAACUCAGGGGCAGCCACGGACUUCAUGCACUGGCAGAUUCCCCUGAGUCGGCGGUUUCGCUCAAUUAAACUCUGGUUCGUGAUUCGGUCCUUCGGGGUGAAGAAUCUUCAGGCUCAUGUCAGACACGGUACGGAAAUGGCUAAAUAUUUUGAAUGUCUGGUCAGAAAUGACCCCUUCUUUGAAAUUCCUGCCAAGAGGCACCUUGGCCUGGUGGUUUUUCGUUUAAAGGGGCCAAAUUGUCUCACAGAGAGUGUGCUCAAGGAAAUUGCCAGGUCUGGCCUUCUCUUCCUCAUCCCGGCCACAAUCCAGGACAAGCUGAUUAUCCGUUUCACAGUGACAUCCCAGUUUACCACCAGGGACGACAUCCUGAGAGACUGGAACAUUAUUCGAGAUGCUGCUACGCUCAUCCUGAGCCAACACUGUACUUCCCAACCUAGCCCUCGGGUUGGGAACCUCAUCCCUCCAACCAGAGCCAUGGCCGAGGGAAUGCCCCUUUCGUCUGCCACUGGGGCAGGGGAUGACCCAGCGCAGACCAGGAAGGUCAUCAAGCAGCCUCCCCGUGUGGGAGCAGGCCCUAUAAGAAUGGAAGAUGGCCAUGAUCUUGAAACCCCGAUGGACCCCGUGGAUGACUGCUUUUUAGAAGAGGCCCCGGAUGUCACCCAGCACAAGCUAUCUUCUCUCCUGUUCAGUGCCCCGUCUGUGCAGAACAAGAAGAGGGUGCGUUCCCUCAGCUGCAACAGUGUGUCCGUGAGUGUUCGGACGUCGCUGCCCUCAGAUGGCGCCGCGAAGAAUGGGGGCUCCAGGGUGAGGAUUCUUUCCAGGUUUCCAGAAGAGAUGCUGCUGCUGAAGAAAAGUGCCUUCAAGAAAUUAAUUAAGUUCUACAGUGUCCCCAGCUUCUCUGAAUGCAGCCCUCAAUGUGGGCUCCAGCUGCCCUGCUGCCCUCUACAGGCCCUGGUGUGA